GUGGAGCAAGGACGGAUGACAGACCCGUCCAGUCCGGCGUUUCACCUCUCUUUCAUUCGCGCGCCUCCGAGUCGUCGAGUCUCUAUAAAAUCAGCAAAACAGUAGUACUUGUGGUGGCGCCUUUCCUCUCUGUCUUUUCUCUCCCUCCAUCUCCAUCUUCAUCGCAUCUGUAGCCUGAAAUAUGUCAACGAACGGAACUGCGACGAACGAUAUCGAGUUCAUCUUCCUCGGGACCGGAACGUCAUCUUCGCUUCCCCAUCUCGACUGCUUGACUGCUCCGCCAGACUCGGACAGGGAACCCUGUCGGACCUGUCUCUCUACGCUCACGCCUGAGGGGAAGAAGAACAUCAGGAGGAACACCUCGGGCGUCGUACGGAUAGACGGUAAAGACGGGAGGAAAUGGACGGUGGUCAUCGAUGUCGGCAAGAACUUCCAAGCUGCUGCGUUGGAAUGGUUUCCGAAGUAUGGUCUGCGGAGGAUAGACGCUGUAUUGUUGACUCAUGCUCAUGCGGAUGCCAUAAACGGUCUGGAUGACCUCAGAGGCUGGACAUUGCAUAAGGCUAUACAAUCCCAUAUCGACAUCUACGCCUCGCAGGCUACAUUCGUCGAAGUACAACGAUCCUUCCCCUAUCUCGUAUCCAAAGAGUUCGCGUCUGGCGGUGGAGACGUCCCCGACUUCAAGUGGCACAUCAUCUCUGACAAGACACCCUUCGAGAUCGAAGACUCCGGGAUCGAAGUCUUGCCUUUCAACGUACACCACGGCCGUAUAUUCUCCGUCGCCCCUCCACCAGGUUACCUCCCCACCCCCGGCAGCACCGUCCCCUCCACCCCCACCCACCUCUCCGGCGCCACGACCCCCGAACACCCAACCUCACCCCCCGAUCUUCCCAAGCCGCUUCCCAUCUCCCACCCAUCAUCCUCUCACCCAUCCAAAGCAGUCAUCCAUCCGUAUCUCUGCUUCGGAUUCCAGAUCCAGAAAUCGAUAAUCUAUCUCUCGGAUGUAUCGUUCAUACCCGAGGAUACGUGGUCGCUCUUAUUAUCCGAUCAGAAGACGCCGACGCCACCGAGUACGCUUACUUCGACCUCUGCAGCUAUACCUCCAGACGCAGGAACAGCUAUUACCACCACCACUACUGCCGCUACCACGGCCACAAGUACACGACCACCGCUGCUCAUCCUCGACUGUCUCCGCCUGCUGCCGUUCACGUCCCAUCUCGGAAUUAGAGAGGCCGUGACGUACGCUCGUCGUAUGAACGCCGUUCGCACGUAUCUCACAGGGUUCGGACAUGAAGUCGCGCACGAUGAGUAUGUCACCCUCGGUGAGUACGUGGGAGAAGCAAAGAAGAGUGAGAGUGAUCUCACGGAGAAUGAGCGGGCUGGGAUCGAGCUAUUGAAAGAGGAGAGGAAGGAGGUGGCGGAGAAGGAGAAGGAGAAGGAGAAGGGAGAGGUGAGGCCUAUUUGGUUGAGGCCGGCUCAUGAUGGGUUGAGGAUCAGGUUGACGGCACAAGGCGAAGUGAAGGAUUAUACGUAUGACUCGUAAGCUAGCUUAGUUUUUCGGAUGUUUGUGAAUAAUUGUAUCGGCGGAGAAGGUUGUAUGGUUAGGUACUACUUAUUAGGGACGGAGGGAGUUUGUUUGUUAUAUUUAUCUGAUGUUGUAGUACUUGUAUCGUAUUAUCACUUAGAUCCUUAGAUUAUGGUACUUAUACGGAAACACCUGCGUUGUCUAUCAGGCGUGGUACAAUCUAUUGACGUUGC